AUGAUUUCUACAAUUUUACAUCAGCGUGCACGUUUCAUGAAUUCUCAUUCAUUAAAAAUUUCACUUUCCAAAUGUAAAUCCAAUCUUGCUGCAUCUAUUCCAACUUUAAAACAGCUUAGCAUUAUACCCAUUCGUUGUCACACUACGAAUUCUCUGCUAA